AGACCAGUAAGGAGGGGAGCACAAUGGGUAUAAACUGUUCUCAUCCAGCCAUGCUAGCCCACUGUCACGCCCUCACAACAGGCUGUGGAUACACUGAGGCUGAGACCAUUUGCAACGUCCUGGACUUCAAGAGAGAUGCAGGACUGUGGCACGGGGUUCUCACUAGUGUGGUGACCAGGAUGCACGUGAUCAGCAUCCCUUACUCCCUGAUGAAAGUCAACCCUCUGUCCUGGAUUCAGAAGGUUCACACUUACAAAGCACGCGUAGCGGUGGUGAAGUCCAGAGACAUGCACUGGUCCCUGUUGGCCCAGAGAGACCAGAGAGACAUCAGCCUGAGCGUCUCUGAGGAUGCUCAUAGUAACUGAUGGCGCUAACCCCUGGUCGAUAUCCUCGUGUGACGCCUUCCUGAACGUGUUCCAGGCACGUGGGCUACGUCCUGAAGUGAUCUGUCCAUUGCCAGCUCUGCUGAGGGCAUGACGGUCGCCAUCCGAAGGUAGAACGCGCUACUACACCGAGCUAUGUUAAACCAACACGCUGUUACAU